AUGUUCCAGUCGACGAUAAAAAACUUCAGCAUCCAGUUCAACCCUUUAAAUGAGAGGAACACGGUUUCAGGUGGUGACCUGGUGACAGGGCACAUCUCUUUCGAGCUCACAAAGCAGACGAAAAUCACCUCGAUUACGAUGGCCAUGAAAGGAAAGGCGAAUGUCCACUGGACGAGGGGUGGAGGAGGUAAAAAUAAGUCUAGGCGACACUACUCAGCCAGACUGGACUUCUUCAACCUCAAAAGCGCCAUCCUGCAGGAAAACAGUAGUAUGUCAGCCUCUUCUCCAUGUAAAUGAAUGCAACUUUUUCAAAAGCUUAUGUUGUUGUUUUCAGACAAUGCAACAAUCCGUUCUUUUCUCUUGUAGUUUCUGGAGAGGGGACAAAACUAGAGCCAGGCACCCAUAUGUAUCCAUUUUCAUGCCAGCUUCCACAUGGGUAUGUGAGGAAAAUCUGUGCUCACAUUGCACUAAGUUAGACGUACUGAUUAAUUGGAAAGUAUUUGGCAAUAUAAUAAAGCUAAGGCAUCUUUUUAAGGCUAAACUCAUUUUGCAUUAGUUAUGUUCAUCUGGACCAUGUUAUCUCAGUCUUUGGAUGUUUCAUGUCACUUCUUCCCAAUAACUUGGCUUCUCAAAACUGUAUUUCAAUUUCUGAUCUUACCCCACUCUCCCCUAUACUGUUGUUUUGCAUCAAUGCAGAGACUUCCCGCCCAGCUUUAAAGGACCUUGUGGACAAAUCACAUACGCUUUGACAGUAGGCAUCAACAGGCCCUGGCACAUGUCCAAGGACUUUAUUGCAGAGCUGAACUUUGUAAAUCGCAUUGAUACCAGUCAGCCAGAGCUGUGGGUAAGUGUUUCUGUGCAGUAAUUUGAACCCAGUAAGUCAAUCCUUCAUGUGAGACUAAUUUAAGUCCUCCGCUCACUCAUCUUUCUGUCACUGCAGGCUCCUCUCUCAGGAUCCAACAGCAAGACCAUAUGCUGCCUUUGUUGUGCCUCUGGUCCCAUCACUAUGACUGUCAGUACAGAGAGGAAAGCCUUCAUCCCUGGUACUGUACUUAUCUGUUACGAAAGGGGCACAUAGACUCACUGUUGUAUUUUUCCAGGUUGAUAAAUGUCAUCGUCUGAUAAUGCAACCAGUUUGCGGAGUUUCAGGAUUUUGCAGUAGGCCCAAACAUACUGAUAUAUUUACAGGCUAAACUUUACUGUUUAAUUUAAAACUUUGCACCAAAGUUGUCUGACAAAAAUAAACUAGCUGUUUUUAUUACUAAAGCCACUGUAAGGAGUUUUUAACUUUUAAAAGUGAUGUUUAAACAUAGCGAAGAUUCACAGUGAGUGAUACGAUUAACUCUCAGAGAGACAGCAGGAUUAGAUUUUUUUCUUUUUAAGGAAGUACUUCCUAAACAUGUCAAGGACAAAAUCAAUAGGGGGAUAAAAGGCACCCUUUAUCACACACUUUUCCAGGAGCUUUAAAGGAAAGAGAGUUACACUGAGUUAAUCAGUUUAAUGUUAAUAACAUGUCCACCCAAAGCUCUUCUUAAGGCAUUCGAUUUAUGUUUUUAUUUUUGGAUAAAAACAAAGACUAUUCAGGGGUCUGCUCCUCUGAAAAACCCUUAACAAUGUGGUUGUGCUCUUUAUCUAUCUGCUACUAACAUCUAUAUAAUAGAUGUAUCUUUUAACCACCACUUUUAUACUCUUUUGGUUCCACUUCUUUCCUCACAGAAAAUGCAUCCUUCUUUAGCAGAGGGCAUUCACUCUCUUUUCCUUCAGCUUGAACAGUUCUUUGUUGUAGGAAGUAGGUGUGUACUCCCUUGUGUGUUUCUAUUGAAAGCAGGGAACUGCAGACUAAAUGCUGUUGCUGCUUUUUCUGCGAGACAGACUGUACAAUCAGUCCAUAAAAAUCUUCCCAUUUCCUCUUCUUUAUCAACAUGAGGUUCCUGCAGCACUCGGCCAAGACUGUGUUAUUGCCCAGCUCUCCAUAAAUCCAAUUAUUUGUUGCCUGUGAUACAAAAAGUAAUUAUGCUGGAGAUGUAGGACUUAGGAUCAGAAAGCCGCACCCAAACUCUGUCUGUUCUUUUUUCAGGGGAAGUUGUGAAAGUAAUCGGCGAUUUCAGCAACGCUUCGUCAAGAACGGUAACUCCGAAGGUCAAGUUGCUUCAGAAACAGGCUUACUACACCCACAACAGAGUCAGCUCAAUGGUAGCAGACAAGUGGCUGGUGCACAUAACUGGACAUCCAAUCAAUGCUUUCACAUCUGAUGUGCACAAUGAGAUCAUGCUGACUAUCCCGCCGUUUGCAUCACCCUCAAUCCUCAACUGCAGUAUCUUGGAGGUCCAAUACUUCAUCCAGGUCAGCACCUUAAUCGAAAAUCAUAUUUUGUAUCCGUUAUUAGUGUCAGUGGAUAAAAACUGGACUAUUCUUCGACACAGUCUUAUGAUGGAUUUGAAAUGCCUAUCUCUGUUUCUGUGUUUCUUAUAGGUGAGCCUCUGCGCAAGUUUUUCCUCCGACCUCACUGUGCUGAUUCCUAUCAUCCUGUGUAAGUCUUUAACAUACACUCAGCCUCCACCUUAUUUGUGA